UUUUUCAGAUCUGGAUUCAGGCUUGCCAUAUGCUGGGGAGAAUUCUUGAAGGCAAUGACUGCUACGUACAGUUAAUAACCUUGCAUUCAUUUGAAAGAUAUCGAUAAUCGGAAUAACUCACAAUAGUGAAAUGAGAUUGAUUUAGCAACAAAGAAUCAAAAUUGGGACUUCUAAAAUUAAAAAGCAAGUUUUAUUCAGUAUGUUUUGAAACGCAUUGACUUACAUCGAGCCUCAAAGAGAGAUCAACGAGCAGCAUAUUUAGAAGCCAAGUUUUUAUCAACUUUGAAACAUCCUAAUAUUGUGACCUAUUUAGAUUCAUUUUAUAAUAGCAAAGGAAAUCUCUUCAUAGUUAUGGGUUAUUGUGAAUGUGGAGAUUUUCACUCAUUCAUCAAAAAUAGAAAUGGUGCCUAUUUUGAGGAGAAGGAAAUUGUGAAUUGGUUUAUUCAAAUAUGCAUGGGUUUGAAGUAUCUUCAUGACAAAGGAAUUCUUCACAGGGAUUUGAAAACACAAAAUAUAUUUGUGACAAAAAAUAAGAUAAUUAAAAUAGGCGACCUCGGUAUUGCACAAGUUUUAAAAACAGCUGAUGAGAUGGCAACUAAUUUCAUCAGAGCACCUUAUUACAUGAAUCCUGAAGUCUUUAAUGGCAAAGAUUAUAACCAAAAGACUGAUGUUUGGGCUCUUGGAUGUUGCAUGUAUGAAAUUGCAGCACUGGAAUCUGCAUUCGUAGCUCAAGAUAUGCACACAUUUAUGAAGAAAGUUGUUAAAGGAAAGAUACCUUCAAUUCCAGCCAUUUACUCCUCAGAGUUUUUCAAAAUCAUUUCAUCUAUGCUCAAUCCAGAUCCUGAUAAAAGGCCAAGCAUCACAGAACUGUUGUUAAAUGAAUUUGUAAGGAAAUUCAUCAUACUUUCUCUCAAUGAAUUACCGCCUACGCUCAAUUCUUCAAGUAGAGCCUGUAGUAGAAGUACUCCAAGUUUAGCAGAUGGACAUAGACCCUUAAGUAGACUAUUUGAUGCAGGAAACAAUAAUUCAACACAAAAAGUUUGCAAAAUAAAAGGAAACUUAACAAAUGCAGCCACAAUCAGAACUGUUCCUGAUUCAAAUGGAAAUGGUGAUGGAAAUGAUAACAGUCAGUAUCAUGCAAAUCAUAUACCAGUGUUGAAUGCUAACAAAAAUUCUGAAAGCAAAAUAUCUAUUUCUAAUUCAAACAUUAAAGGUGCAAAUGGCAAUGUUGUAGUUAAGAAACAAAUUGCUGAUCAUCAUUGCGAUUUAAAAGAGAACAAUCAAUCAGAAAUCAUUUCUGUUACUUCAUCUAAUAGUUCUAGAAGCACUCCAAAUAGCAACAUUCAGAAACUACGUAAUGAAAAAUCAUUUACUCUGCUCAAUAAUCUUUGUUAUACUAUCAGACAAUCAAGGCUUCAAAACUGGCAAGACACAAGAAAUGAAUUUUUUCCUGCCCUACCAAAAGUCAAACAUUCAUAUGGUGAUAGUCCACCUAAGUCUGCUGAAGAAUUGUAUUUUCAUUCUAAUAGAAAUGAAUUAUUAAAAAGAUGUUCUCUAAGUGCAUUUGAAAUUCACUCACAUAAAAGAUUUGAGAAUACUGACAAACUACCUCAGAUUACAGCUGAUGAACUUCAGAUGUCUUCAUUGUCUGCUGUUGUAGUAGAUAAAAUAAAUCUUCCUAUCCUAGAAAAUUCUAAUCUGCCAUCUCAUAAUAAUAAUAAUGAUGAUGAUGGUGAAACCAUACCAUGGGAAUGCACCACUAAGGAUGAUCAUUUUGAUAGAUUAUUGAUACAGAAUAUCAUGGAAUGUAAUGAUGCAAAACAGGAUGGUUUUGCAAAGUCUACAGGACAUCAGCUCAGAAGAGAGAUAUUAAAGUUGAAUGAAAUUUCAAAUUCAACAUCUAUAGUAUGAGAUUUCACAAUCUGAGAGUCAGAGAUUGUCAUCAUAGCAAUAUUUAUAGUCCAGGUCAUCAAGUAAAUUUCAUUGUUUAUUUUCUUUCUAGUCAUUAUAAAUGUACAAAUUUAUUCAGAAGGAAUACUUUUUUCUUUGUAUACAAUUUUUAAGAUCAUGUUGAUGUGUAUUUUCUCAUGUUUAAAAAUUGUUUCUUCAUCAUUAGAAUUUUUUUUUAAAUACCUUUCUUUCUGUGAUAUUUUAGAUUAUUUAUUUGAAUUUGCACAAUCU